AGAAAAGCAAAGAAAAAGAGUGAGUGAGAGAGAGAGAGUAUGAAGACGAGGUUCUUAUAGCACAAAGAGAGAAGAAAAAGAGGCAAAAGCGCGUAGAGGUUUUUGGCAGCCACAAUGCUGAGGUUUCUUCUCCCAUGGCUUCUGGUUCUCCACUUGGCUUUCCCUUCGGUUUCAGCUAAAGCUGCACCAUUUGUAAUGCGGAUAAGCUGCGGAGCACGACAAAAUGUCCGUACGCCACCUACGAAUACUUUAUGGUUUAAGGAUUUUGCUUACACAGGAGGAAUUCCAUACAAUGCAACAAGUCCAAGUUACAUAAGUCCUCCGCUAAAAACUCUUCGUUAUUUUCCUCUAUCAUCAGGCCCGGAAAAUUGCUACAACAUUAACAGAGUGCCAAAGGGACACUAUCUAGUGAGAAUUUUCUUUGGAUUGGUUGCGCAGCCAAAUUUCGAUAAUGAGCCUUUGUUUGAUAUUUCUAUUGAGGGAACUCAGAUUGCUUCUUUAAAAUCUGGUUGGAGCAAUCUGGAUGAUCAAGUGUUUGCUGAAGCCUUUGUAUUUCUUACAGAUGGCACAGCCUCUAUCUGCUUUCACAGCACAGGUCAUGGGGAUCCAUCAAUUCUGUCACUUGAAAUUCUUCAAGUUGAUGAUGAAGCAUACAAUUAUGGUCCCCAAUGGGGUGAAGGAAUAAUCCUUAGGACUGCGACAAGAUUGAAUUGUGGUGUUGGAAAGCCAAAGUUCGGUGUGGAUUUGAAUGCGACUAAUUGGGGUGGUGAUAGAUUUUGGAAUCCCAUUACAACAUUUAGCCAGGGUUCUGAUAGAUCCAGAUCUGUUGAGACUAGUAUUAAGCAGGCGUCGAAGUCACCUAACUUUUACCCCGAAGCUAUUUAUAAGUCAGCAAUUGUUAGUACCGAAAGUCAACCUGAUUUAGAAUAUACAAUGGAUGUGGAUCCCAAUAGAAACUACUCCAUUUGGUUACAUUUUGCAGAGAUUGACACGUCAAUCUCUAAUGCAGGGCAAAGGGUCUUUGACAUCCAAAUAAAUGGCCACGUUGAAUUUGAAAAUGUUGAUAUUAUUAAAAUGAGUGGGGAUCGUUAUACAGCUCUUGUACUCAACACUUCUGUUGCUGUGAAUGGAAGGAGUUUGACAAUAACUUUGCACCCCAAAAAAGGUGGUCAUGCAAUAAUCAAUGCAAUCGAGGUCUUUGAGAUUAUUAUGGCUGAGUCUAAAACAUUGGUAGAGGAAGUUAGGGCUUUACAAGCAUUGAAGAAAGCAUUGGGGCUCCCAGUUCGAUUAGGCUGGAAUGGUGAUCCAUGUGUUCCGCCUCAACAUCCCUGGAGUGGUGCUGAUUGUCAGUACGACAAAACUAACAAUAAAUGGGUGAUCGAUGGAAUUGGACUUGAUAACCAAGGUCUUAAAGGAAUCGUUCCUAAUGAGAUAUCUAGACUUCGGCACCUACAGAGCAUUAACUUGAGUGGAAACAGCAUUCAUGGUGUCAUUCCAUCCUCUCUUGGAACCGUUACAAGCUUAGAAGUACUGGACCUGUCCUACAACUUAUUCAAUGGGUCAGUUCCUGAAAGUCUUGGACAAUUGACGUCGUUAAGGAGAUUGAAUCUAAACAGCAAUUCUCUCUCCGGGAAAGUCCCUGCUGCUUUAGGAGGAAGACUUUUGCACAGAGCUAGCUUCAAUUUUACUGAUAAUUCGGGUCUCUGUGGCAUACCCGGACUUCCUUCAUGUGGGCCUCAUCUCACGGCUGGUGCAAAGGUUGGUAUUGCUCUGGGCUCGCUUGUGUUGUUCCUGCUCCUUGUUAUCUUUUCAAUAUGUUGCUGGAAAAGGCGGCAGAAUAUCCUCCGAGCACAGCAAAUUGCAGCAAGAGAUGCUCCAUACGCAAAGGCAAGGACUCAUUUAUCACGUGACAUCCAGAUGACCAGGCAUCAUAAUCACGGAAAUGCUCGGACUGCCGCUGAAAAUGGUCCUAGCCUGCUUUCAUGAUCUAAACACCAUUUAUUGCAAAAGAUCCCCCACCAAGGCCAAAAAACUUCAAAACUCUCCGGUUUUUGGUUCCUCCAGAGCUCCCGUUUAUCUUCAAUAGCGCUUAAAGAUGCAAGAGAGUCAGUUCUGAGAAGAUCAGAUAGUCACAUCCUUCCUUUAGUGCCCAUUCGCUGGAAAGACACAAAUCUUGUACAUUGCUCCAAUUCAUUCUUUCUUCUUUUACUUUUGGCAAAGAAAGGUUCUAAUAUGUAAAAAAGAGUUGAUGCUGAUAGAAGUUAGAAUUUUCUUGAAACUUUCAUCCUUCUGUAUUAGUCUUUUUAUCCUUGCCCUUAGAUUGAAGGCUUUAGAAACAGGAUGCAAGCAAAAAGUAUUCAAGUUCCUUGUGGGAUAAUCAUAGUUUAUAUUAUCUCCAAUGUAAAAACCUUAGCUACUCAUGAUACUUUUUCACUGCUUAUAUUAAGUCUGCUUUGUUGUUUUGUAACUUAAUAUUCUUUCUGUCAUAAGAGUACGACAAGAUAUAAUAUUCGAAGAACACAUUUUCCA